AUGUCUUCCUUCCUAGGCGAGAAACGAGAGCUGUAUAUACACGGCACUGGCGUGAUUGUUACACCCUCAGGCUGUGGCAAUUCGGGAGUGGUUUUUUUCUGCGUCACGAAUCUUGCAGACCUGGGCUUUCCCAUUUUUGAUUCUCGGGCUUCUUACCGCGGUCUUCCUACCGAUUUCCAAAUGUUGCCCCUCGAUCCCGGGCGCCUUCUGAUCUUUCCUGGGCCUGGUCAAGCCUGGCUGCCAGCUGCCAGAUAUCAGUCAAAGCUUAACUUGACUUUGCUCCAGCUGCGAAACUCGAUUCCAGCUCGCGGCGCCGGCGAGUCCACAUCAGAAAACAAAGCAACCCAGUUCGGCGCUCCCAGUUCAGACUCCUCGAGUCCAGCGCUGAAAACCAAAUCCUCUCAGAUCAUUACCUCCCAGCAAUUACUUCUGGGAUCCGGAAGCAGUUCCAUUGACCCCCCCGCGCGCCCUAAGGGUCGUCGGAGCAAAGCUCAGUUCUCACUCAUCCCCACGCCUCACUUCCAGGGCAAAUCACUGAUACUUCAGGAUUUUCUGCCUCCCCUCCAGAUCUACUCCUUCCCCAUCAUCCUCUGGGCGACAUUCGCCUUCGCGUGCACAGCCAAUUGCCUCUUGCCUCUGAAAUUAACGCAGUCGCAAGUCUUCGCGGCACCUCCGCAUUUAUUCACCCCUGCGCAAGUGGGAUUCGUGAAUUCCGCGUUCGUGGUGGCUGGCGUUAUUGGGUUGUUGACGGCUGGCCCCCUAAGCGACUGGGUGAGUACCGGUAUGAGGGCCACAGCUAGGAACAAUGGGAUUCGAGAAACGGAUAUGAGACUGGUGGCCUUGGUACCGUUGCUGCGGUUUGAUAUCAACGCCACUGGCCAUGGCAAGCAAUCGUCAUCAUCGGAUACGGCUAUUGUGAUCUCGUAUGCCCUCGACUGCUACAAGAAACUCUCGGGCCAGAUCACGGUUUCUGCAACUGUCAUCAAGAACACAUUUGGCGCAAGUCUCUCUUUCGAUCGUUUCGGCAUGAUCUUCUUCUACAACGACUGGGCUGCUUCCGCCGGCUUCAUCCCACCCCUCAUGAUGAGCAUGGCUCUUGGGGUUGGGAUCACGGUCAUCGGGAUGUGCAUCUUCAUCCCAUACGGAAAGUCGUUCCGCAGACGGACUAUAAGCUCGAGUCUUCAGUUCCUGUAA